AUACCAAUGAUAACACUCCACCAUUUUUGUCAGCUUUUGGAUUGCACUUUUCAAAUAUGGGCGUCGAUGCAAAUUAUAGUGAUUAAAAGUAAAAAAUAUUCUCCAAAUUAUGGAGGCUGAUUCAGAAGCGGACGUGGACAGUCCUAAAAUGGUGGAAACUCCUGGUGUAUUAAAUGUUAUAGUGUACUGCCAACCGUGUAAGGAGCAAGGCAAUGAGAAAAGGGCAGUUUACUGGUGUAUUAACUGUCCACAUCUAUUAUGUGAGAAUUGUUAUGGUUACCAUAAAGUUCUAAAAGCAACCCAAAGUCAUAAAAUAUUGAGUAUAGACGACUACCAUAUGAUAGGUAUUAGUAUAGAUGAAUCUGAAACCUACUGCCCAAUUCAUCCAACUAUGCGAAAUAAGUUUUUCUGUGUUACUCACAAAGUGGCUUGCUGUAAUAUAUGCAAGGAAGAAAAACACAGUACUGAGUGCAAUGUCAAGUUAAAAAAGAAACUUUUAAAGAUAACUGAUGUUCAAGGAGAUAUGAACGCAAUGAUUGAAACUAUGAAGAAAAUAGUUGAAAACAUGAGAACGGGUUUGCUUAAUGAUUUCUGCAGUGUCUCCGAUUUGGAAAAUCAAAAACAAAUAAUUUUUGACGAAAUGAAAAACAGUCGACAACAAGUUGAAAAAUUUCUUAACGAGUUUGAAAGGGGUAUUAGAGAAAAUUUGGAGUCAGCAUGCUCUGCCGCCACGAAAGCAUUAAUUGACAAUAAAAGAAAUAUAGAACAGAAACUAAAUGUUAUACAGAAAAGGACAGACACUGCAGAAAAGAUAAAAGGAUCCGAAGUAUCUGGAUUUCAAAUGUUUCUUAUCAAAAACAAAUUCCACACGGAUAACACCGAGGACCAAAUGCAAAUUGAAUGUCUUUUAAAGGAAAUGAAAAAUGUUCAUUUUGUUGCCAAACCAAUUUAUGAUUUGAAUCACCAGGCAAAUCAAAUAACGAUCAGAAAUGGAUAUGAAGUUAGAAGUGUUGGUCAUAGUCAGAUCGGUAAAAAGCAACCAGCGUUUGAUGAUAUUGAGUGCAGCUCAUCUACAGUAGAAGCAGAUGAGGGUACUGUAGACAAAUGUGUACGUUCAGAAAAGGAUAUUACACCAAAUGAUUACAUCUCCGAACACAUAAUCAUUAAAGAAUCUGAAAAAUAUAAGUUGAAUGAUGCUUUUCUUAUUGAGGAUGGUCAUAAAGAUGUUUGCGUAAUAUGUGUACGCUUUCUGUCAAAUAAUAAAAUAGUUUUAACAGAUGAUUUCGUUGCUAGAGUUCUGGUUUACAAUACAAACGGAUCUAAAGUAGGACAGAUUAAGUUAAAAGAGGCCGCCGAUGAAAUGACUGUUAUUGAUGAAACGUGCAUCGCAGUGUCUCUAGACAACGAAAUUAUUUUUCUAGAUGUUCUUCAGAUGAAGAUAAAAAAUAAGAAACUUCUGGAUGACUACAUUGAAGCUCUUUCGUACGCAAACAACAAAAUAUAUGCAUGCUUGCAACACAAAGGCGUUCUUAUAAUGGAUCUUUCUGGAACCAUUCUACAAACUCUUUCCCAUAUCAAAGGACAUUUAUACAUUUGUACAACAAUUACUGAAAUACUUUACUCUGUGAUAGAUGAAGAUUCAAACAUUUUACAAUGCCACUAUAUUGACAGAAAAAAGAUUGAUCUGUUCAAUUUUGAAUGUUCGGGUAAAGUUAAUGGAAUAGCAUGCGAUAAAGACGAGAAUGUAUAUAUUGUCAUCGAUAACUCUGAAGUUAUUAAAUUUCACAAUACAACAAAGACAUUUUCUACGGUUUUAACUGCAAAUGAUGGUUUAAACAAUCCACUAAAUAUUGACUGUUGUGAUCAUGGAAAUAGACUUUUGAUCAUUAAUGAUGGCAAAGAAGUAAAUAUUUACAAUAAUCUUAACCAGUAAAAAUGUGUUAACUUUUGGUUACACUGACAUGUAGAGUCAAAGUUUACCAAAAUAAACUCACUUUUAUCAAAUCAAAUAUGAAUAGCAAUAACUGUCAUUGCCUUAAUUAGAUGUUUCAUUUCAACAUAGGAAAACUCUACACAAAUCAAAUCCAGCAAAGGGAGAUUUUUCGUUUCCUUUUUUUGGUUUUCCUCUUUGUUCGUUUAUGUUUCUUGUUGUAUUACUGAUGAAUUAUUAAGUCAAGGAUUCUGUUAUCACAAAUUUAGAAAACAACUUUAAUAAAUAAUUACAUUAUUCACUCUGUGGUUAAAGUUUUACAAUUCUAAUAACUUUCUUAAAAUAUCCUUGAUGUCUACAAAACUUUGACAGAAGCUUGUUUAUGAUCAUCAGAUAGAAUCCAACCGUAAAUUUUGUAAAAAUAAAAUAAUCUUUAUCCCUAUGUAACUUUUAGAUGUAUUUAGUUUUUCUGUCAGUUAACAUUGCAUUCACCCUGUGGGUUAAGUUAAAAAAAAAAUUACUUUCUUAAUCUAUCCUAGAUUUGUACAAAAAUGGGACAGAAGCUUGUUUGUGAUCUAAGGGA